CCUCUGUAUAUUUACCUACCUUAUGAUAAUGCUUUGCAGUCUACUUUUUCUCAUGGUAAUACAAUGUCGGCCAGACCUAAACUGAAUGUGCAGAACUUCCCACGACCACCCUUGCUGGAGCAGAUUCCUCGACACCUACUGAUACGAUGGAGUGGUCAGACUCUUGCUGACACCCGAUCUUCUUUCUGGGUCUUGGAAACAACACACCCACCGACAUACUAUCUUCCGCGAGACUCAAUCUUGCAUGAUUUCAAGCUCAGCCAGGCACCAGGGAGAGCCUCGCUGUGUGAGUGGAAGGGUCGGGCCACAUAUUGGGAUGUCACCAACCAAUCCACGGGCGAGACAGUUAAGGGUAAAGUAUGGAGCUACGAAUCGCCCACGCCGGCAUUCAAGGACAUCAAGGGGUAUCUGUCAUUCUAUGCCAAUGAUGUCCCAUGGGAAUGUUUCGUGGACGAUGAGAAAGUGACACCUCAAGAAGGUGACUAUUAUGGUGGAUGGGUGACUAGUGAAUUGGAAGGUCCUAUGAAGGGUGGCCCAGGUACAUGGGGCUGGUGAUACACUGCACAUGCACAGUGUCAAUGUCACGCUCUGGUCAGGAGCUUGUGAUCAGAAUAGGUUGCUGCGAACCUGGACAAUCUGGACGAAUAUUGCUCUGACAUGGCAUGAGACCAGGCUUUGCUUAUCGAGUCGUAGAUGGGUAUGAUAGCACCGUCACGAUACUCGAGAAACGCCAUUCUCUUGUUCAGGCCAUUCCACACAGCUGUAAUCCGUAUGUCCCAAGCUUUUACGCUCUUCGUGUAUAACAUGAAUAUUCCUGCCUCUCAGGGCUACUGCUUAGGGACUUGUCUACGGACAGCAAAAGAGGAUGCGGGGGAUCUUGCAGCUGGAAGGAGAUGGAGGGAGACAAUCGCAUCACUGGAACCGCGCAAGUAGCGGGAGGCGAAUUUCGGGUUGCAGGGAUUGAUACUCCGUACUUUGGAUCUCAUCGGAACACUGCCGGGUCGCGUAUCUGUUGAAAAGAGUCCGGGGAGAUGUGUCUCUAGAAAGGCACAAAGGCCAGAGUGUAGUGGGAGGUAAAUCGCAGCUUGGGUUAGACGUUUAUCUAGAAUUGCC